AUGACCCAAGUUAUGCCACCAAAGCCUAUCCUAGGCCCCCUUUCUCCAAGAGAGAAGAAGAGGCUCUCUUUACCACUCCUUGGCGACUCUUCACAAUGGAGCCGUUUGGAUAACAGCUUUGCCUUCUACCCUGAUAGUCCUCCUCUCAGCUCGUCGUCUUCAGAUUGUGGCACUGCCAUCGAUCAGACGGUGUGUCAUUUUACACAAGUGACUCAGCAAGACGAGCCUGUCAUUGCAGUCAUUGGUGUUGGAUACGUUGGUAAACAUCUCGUCAGCUCAUUCUCGUCGAGAUAUCAAGUCAUCGGCUUUGAUGUGUCUACCGCAAGGGUGCAAAAUCUCAAAGUCGAGUACCAAGACAACAAGAAUGUGCAAUUUUCUCAAGACUCGCAGGAUCUUCGCAGGGCAACACACUUCUUGAUCUCAGUCCCGACCCUCCUGCGGCCUGAUAAGACUAUCGACUCUUCUUAUCUACGCGAGGCAUUGAAGACUGUAGGAGAGGUUGCCCGUUCCGGGUCCACUAUUGUUAUUGAGAGCUCUGUAGCUGUUGGCAUGACUCGUCAACUUCUUGGUCCUCUUGCUGAGAGCCGCAGUUUCUUCGCGGGGAUGUCCCCUGAGCGAGUUGACCCUGGACGCGUUGAGCCUCCUGUUAAGUCCAUUCCAAAGAUCAUCUCUGGCUUGGACGAUAUCAUCCCCGGCUCCCUCGAUGCCAUCACCCGAGUCUAUUCUACUACAUUUGAUACUAUUGUACCUGUGUCGAAGCCAGAAGUGGCCGAGAUGAUGAAGCUCUAUGAGAACUGCCAAAGAAUGGUUUGCAUCGCUUAUGCCAAUGAAAUGGCAGACGCAUGUCUCCCACACGACAUCGAUCCCUACGAAGUCUGCAAGGCUGCUUCGACAAAGCCAUUUGGAUACAUGCCAUAUGAUCCGAGUGUUGGUGUAGGCGGACACUGUAUCCCAGUCAAUCCGUUCUAUCUUCUUUCUAACAGUCACUUCCCUCUAUUGGAGAGUGCUACAGUGGCAAUGCUGUCUCGGCCUUCCCGACUAGCUCAGAGGAUACUAAAAACUCUACGUCAGAGAGCCGUAAGUCGAACACCUCGUGUGCUGGUUGUGGGCAUUGGCUUCAAGGCUGGUCAGUCGCAGAUAGAUAAUUCUCCAGGCGCUGAAUUAGUCAGAAGCUUGGCUAUCUCACAUGAGGUUGAUGUCUGCUGGGCGGAUGCUCUUGUUAAGCAAGAGGCGUUCCCACAGGUGCAUCGGCUGCCCAACAAUGACUGGCGGAGAGAUGUUUUGGAAACAUUCGAUGUUAUUUUUGUUGCCUCGCGACAGCCGGGUCUGGAUUUCGACCUUCUUGAUGAUCUUAAGGGUGUUGAGGUCGAAAGAUGGUGCCAAUGA